AUGGAACUUUUGGAUCUACCCAGGGAACUGGUGGAGGAAAUACUUACUUUCUGCCAUCCUCUCGAUGUCGCACGGGUAGCCCAAGCUAACCGCUUUCUUCGUUCCUUGGUUUAUGACUCGGAAGACAGCGCGAUUUGGAGGCAGCUUUACCUCGCACAACCACUGGACGACCCACGCGAAUGCAUCGAUAUUACAGGCCAGAAGAAGCUGUCUGUUGAUUGGAAGGUGGAACUCCAACGCUUCGUUCGAGCACAAUCAGUAGUUGCGAAGAAGUCAUUAGGCCGACAGGGAGAAUUAGGCGAAAUCCUCAACACCCUCGUCAACCUCGUCAUGAAUACGAUUCCCAAAUCUGACCCACUCGCCCGCAUCGGCAAUAACUUGACCAUAGCCCAGAUACUUCUCCACGACGGGUGGAUUGACUUUGUAAAGGAGCAAGAUUUAAACGAGAAAGAAACUCAACUGGUCAAUCAGCUGCAUACAUUUUAUGGUCUUACCGACAACGACACCAGGGCGGACGCCAGAGUCAAGUCGCGGUCUUUUGUGUACAAUAUGAAGAAUUACUCAUGGAACAACGAAUUCGGCCCUUAUAAUGACGACGGGACGGUCAACUGGGUACAUGUCAACGCCAUUCGCCAAGUUAUCUCGCGCCAGCUCCUAUCGACUGAACUCGACGACGACGGCUUAGAUGAAGAAACCCAGUACACAAUAUACCCUUUAGGUCUCCCGUAUAUCCAGCCUAUGCUUCGAGAUGAAGUUGAUACCGAGCCGGAGCCGUCGGACUGGGCAGGUGUAGAAGGAGAAUGGAUUGUGUCCUUCUGCUUUUGCGACCACAGAAUCCUCAUAGUUUUCAACGACGAUAUUGCCAUCUCGUUUGCCCAGACCACCGCGGGUUUUCCACGAGACACGUCUCUUCUCGAAGGAGACACUUUCCAAGAAGUUAUUCGUUGCAUGAGCGUGCAGCUUAAGGUUACCAAGACAGAGUUCGACAAAGAUCAUCCUACCCAACCGACUAUAUAUUUUGUGGGUGUUAUGAAGAACCUCCCUGAUACUGUCCUCACAGGGAAGGUGAGCGCGACCAAGGAAGGUUACGCUCGAUGGCAAUUUACCUCUGGGGAAGCUGGCAAUAUUAUAUGGAGUUCCGACGGCGUCCAAGUUGGCGGUAUUCGUUCAGAGUAUGGCGUCCUUGGGGCGUGGACGACCAUCUUCCAUGACCCAGACGACCCUAUUGGUCCGUUUUGGUUGCGAAAGGCCCAAUCUUCGAUAACAGUGACAGCUGUACCCAAACCAAGAGCAUAG